GGAGAGCGAGGGAGCGAUUCAGAGAGCGCCAGAGAACGGCAGAGCGCGCACCGACGAGGGGCAUUCGGAUGCCUCUCUGAGAUGUAAGUGCGUAGCAGUCUCUCAGGCCUUCUAGCAUCAUGCAGAAAGCCAUCCGGCUCAACGAUGGCCACGUCGUGACCCUGGGACUGCUGGCACAGAAGGACGGCACGCGCAAAGGCUACCUGAGCAAGAGGAGUGCGGACAACCCAAAAUGGCAAACCAAGUGGUUUGCCCUGCUCCAGAACCUGCUCUUCUACUUCGAAAGCGACUCCAGCCCUCGGCCCUCGGGGCUCUACCUGCUCGAGGGAAGUAUCUGUAAACGCGCGCCCUCCCCCAAGCGAGGGACCUCCUCCAAGGAGUCCGGCGAGAAACAGCGUCAUAGCAGGAGUCGACGUCGACGUAAUGUUCUGAGAAGACAACCAACCAGGAUCUCAAAAACAUUCAGGCUGGUGGCAAUUGAAUUGACUGGGAUGACAGCCACCCUUGAAGUCUCCUUCUCCAUAAUUAGGACAGAGAUCGGUACCGUUGCUCCAGCUCCACAGACAUGGAUGGGAAAGCCAGAAGACUUGACAACGCUGCGCAACAGAGUGGAGUCGAAGCGUCUCUUCCACCAUCCCUGUAGAUUAAUCAUUUAGUUUUCCAUCUAUGGUUCUUCUCCCUCAUUCUGAGAAGCCCUGGGGGCCACACCCCCACAUCAGUCAGAGAAGCCUGCUUUAACUGUUUUAUGUAUUAAUUGGGCUUUCACAGAAAAACUCAUCUAUAUUAAUGCUAUAAAGUGUUUGACCUUCGCUACAAGUUAUUACCCAAUGCCCUUCAGCUCAGCUUUGGCAUGUUCUAAAUGCAGAUUAAAAUGUCUAUAAUUU